CUCUGUACAAUCUUUGUCCUCCCUUUAUGCAAAUCGUCAUCGGUAUCCGGAAAUGAACGAUCCCGUGAUGUCAAGGGGAGUGUUAGCAUAGCAUCGGAAUGAGUGAAGUGGCUUUCGUCGGAUCGGCCUCAAAAACUUGCUCAGCGGUUCCUGUCAGCUAAAAGUAACGCAUCGCUGUUGUUUACCGACAUGAGGUCACCGGGGCGGAAGGCUGCCGGAGGAUGUAUCCUUCCGCACGGACGGGAUGAAGCCUCUACUCGGACCUGACGGGCUGCCUGUCGGUUAACUAGUCCCUCCGGAGCCCGAGGUCAGAUUUAUGUGCGGCAAGUUAUUUACAACCUACGUCACGGGAGUUAUGGCGAAGUUGGUGUUGGAGCAACUGUCAGAUUUCGGGGACUACACCGGCGGCAAAGAGCUGCCCGAGAUCAUCAAAGUGACGAAUAACAGCCUGGCAAACGUCCGCAUGAGCCCAGAUGGACGUCACGUUCAUGUCAUCCUCCACAAGCCUAAGGUCGGUCUUGUGACUCUGGACAAGUAUGAAAGACCCCAUCUCGGCCAGAACCAGAAGAAGCUGGAUCUGCGGCUGCCACGAGCCGUGCCCAUCGUGGAUGUGUUAUAUCUGCACCCCCACAGCAGCAGCAGCAGAGACACAGCAGCAGUGGCUGUGGUUUAUGAGAAUGGAAAAGCUGAGUUUUGGAAGUUCCAGGAGUGCAAAGCCGGCUGGCAUCUCCUGCAGACCUCGGAUCUGUGCAACAGCCCCCGAGCCAGAGUGGUGUCUGUGUGUGCCUGCUCAAAUGUCAUCAUCUGGUGUGAGGAGAGGCCGCCCUCAGAGAGCACCCCUGCCCUCAGCUCCACCAGGAAUAAGUUGAGAUACUGUGUUUGCAGACGUGACUUCGAGGUGGAGGAGGGGGCUGUCAGCUUGGGAGGGGUGAAAAUCGCCCUCCACAACAAUCCUAAGUUCACCGUGGUCAGCUCGGGUGAAUAUGUGCAUCUUCUUCCUGAUUUGAAGACGAAGCCGCUGAUGAGCAUCUCCAAAUGUUUCCUCUCCUGGUCCCCUCGCCACGACUCCUUCACAGUGGGCAUCACAUGUAAAAGCGCCCCCCUGAGAAAGCUUUCAGCUCAAGAGUCCGACCUGAAGAGGUUGGUGACGGACUGUUUGGGGUAUUUAUCAACUCUUGAUCCCCCUGAGAUCUUGGACUUCUCUCCUACACCCUGUGGAGGCCUGCUGCUGCUGCUCAGCACAGGGUGGGUGUGUCUCCUGCAGAAAGACGGGAUGCUGCGGCAGGUAUACAAACUGGAAGACGACUGCUCGGUAAAAUGUGGCGCUCAAACUAGCCUCUGCGUGUACCAGGACAACGUAGCGGUGCUGGUCGGGCAAAACCUGCAUCUGAUAGACUUGAACUGUGGCAGAGAGCUGGAAAAGAUAACGCUGAAGAGAGAGGGGUUAUUGUAUGUAAAUCAGGCUGACAGAUGUGCACCCCACCUGCUCUCAGAAACCGGACUGUUUGUGGUUGUGAACAGGGAGACAGACUCUAAGCUGAGGCCUUCUGGUCUCAGUAUUCAUCCAGGAGCCCUCCUGGUAGAGGCUGUCUUUGAGGAGGCCUGUAAAUACUACCAGCAGAGGAGCCUGAGCAGCACCCAGCUCACUGUGGACACCCUAAAGAAAGGAGGGAGGUUCCAGGCUCCCAUCUCUUUAGCGUCCAUCCUCAGGAGCUACCUUAAUAACACGGGGCUGAGGCAGAAAGGAGCAGAGCCGUCCGAGAACGGAGGAUCUGGAUGUACAGCGGGACAAGACAAGCUAAUCGGCUCUCUGGAGUCUGAGCUCAAGGCUCUGGUUUCUCUGGAGGAGGUGAAGGGGAUUUUGGUGAGGGGGAAUACCAAAGAGGUGGAGGCGGUGUGUGAGAGUCUAGUCGAGAAAGAAGUAACCAGGCUGCUCUCAGCCUCGGAGCUGGAUAAAGAGGCUCUGCUCUACCUCAACUCCAUCUUCAGCACAUUCCCCAGCCAGUCGUGGAGAGCAGCGCAGGCGGCCCUUCAGCUACACUACAACGAGGAGGGCUCUCUGUCCAGCAGGGCUCCCCCAGAUGUGUGGAAAACUGUCCUCAGUCCUGUUAUGACAGCCAGCACCCCAACCUGCCUCCCUCUUGCAAACGGUGGGCCAAAGCACAAUCAUAGCCUCAAAGGUGAUCACAACGCCAACUGUAAAGCCAAACCUACAAACUCCUCUUCCCCAGCUGCCCUGCCCGUGUUUGAGCUCCUCUGCCACUCAGUUUUCCACUUCCAGCCCAGCUCGUUGCCCAGGUUCCUUGAGCUGGCCCAGCAGCAGCAGGGCUCGGCCGGCCUGGGCCUCAGCCUGGCCUCCUCCUCCUCCUCCUCCUCCUCGUGGGGCUACUCCGGCGGGAGAGGAGGGGAGGGCGGGGAGAACAAUGUGCCGCUCUACAAACGGGCCCUGUACUUCUUGUCCAGCCUGACCCCGGACAGGGACAAACGGCAGGACUUAGAGGUGGAGCUGCUGCUGGUCAGCGGGCGGCCUAAUGCCAUCCUGCAGGCUUUGAGGACUCUAAUGGCCCAGCAGAGGUGGGAGCGGGUCACCCAGGUGGCCCAGAAGUUCUGCAAACAGAGCCCGCUGCUCAACAAGGAGAUUUUCACCACUCUGCUGUGCGAGGUGACUCAGCACAGAGACCUUGACCCCUACUUGGACGUGCUGUGGGCGCUGUGCCCAGAGGACCUCACUGUCACCACCAUUCUCAACUUGGUGCUGAAAAACCUCCCCUCCCCUAACACCUCCUCCUCCUCCUCCUCCUCAUUCUCCAUGUCCGGUGAGACCUCCACAUCCCCUGCUCCCUUUGGAGACUCCCACAGCAGCCAGUUGACCAUCGGGCUGUUGAAACCUCUGCUGAAAAAAGUCCUUCAGAGGGAGACCAAGCCCAGCCAGCGCUAUGCAGACAUCCUCCAGUCGCCAUCAUUCCCCCCUCCUGCACCUCCUCGCCAGCCUGCAGAGCAGCCCAGGUCUGUCACAGAUCCCAGCACAGACUCGCCUCUUGGCAACGACAUCGACGCUGCUUCUCCUGCAGAAACAGCCGAACAGCAGUCCUCCACACACACAACUGUCCCGAGAGCCAGGGUGGCGCUACCUGCUAACCCGGUCUGAUCUCCACAGACAUGAACACUCAACUUGGUAAAACAAAACCCGUCUUGUAAAAUGUUCCACACAUAAUUCUGACCAAACUUUGAAGCAGCGUGUGUUGACAAUCAAAUUAAAACAAUAAUAUUAAUAUGUUACAGGUAUUCUAAGUGUAAUAUUUGAUGGUCUUUUGUUUUUUAAGAGAUUGGUAAUGUGAGAUGAAGUGUGACUACUAAAAACUAUGAAAUGACUACUGAAGAUCUUACCGGUGUAAAUAGUGCAGGUAAUUUUAAGUCUUAAUGUGUAUAUACUGUUUCUGCAAUGUUAUUUAUCCCUUCAGCCUUAACUGCACGUGGAUGAGAAUGCUAUUGCAAAGUCUUACAUUGAAUAAGCUUAGUCUUUAUCACAGCACCAUCAAUGAAUUAUAAUAUAUUGUGUUUAUCCUCUGUCUAAAACAAAGCCAAUAACUCCCAUUUUGGGGAUUUAUCAAAUAAGUGUGUACAAUAUUCUUUUUUUCGUUUAAAGUAGCUCAUGUCUGCUAAUUGUAGCAAAGUAUAGCUGCCUUUUUGAGUUGUUGAUGUCAAAGUGUGUUCAUGCGGUGGGUAAUCUACUGAGACAAGCUGGCCUUUGUGUUCGAAUGUUUGUUUUAAGUGUGGAGUGGUUUAGAAGAGUAGGAGGGUCCAAGGUUCCUUUAUUGACUUCUAGUUUUGUACUUAACAUACUAGAAGUGCUUAAACAUUAACCUGGUUUCGAUGGGCUCAACCAGACCAUGUAGCCUCCGUAAACCCAAAAACACAAAACAAGUCUGCCUUUCUGGCCUUUGCUUCCAUUUUUAAAUUCUUGUCAUCCAUUUGUCUCUCAGGACUCCAUCUUGUCCUCUCUGCUCCUUCGCAGCCCAACUCACAGGACAUUCCAGACAUAUUACCCAGUAAAAGUGACUCACAGUUCGACUUUAAAUUCAAUUUUGGAGGUAAUUCUGUUAGGAUUCUAGUGUGGGUUGGCUCCGCUGUGACUAACAUAGACGCCCUGCUGCUCGCAUAAGGUCAUGUACGUCUUCCUUCAUGGAUCCAGUGAGGGUAAUGUUAUUAGAGAUAUUAGGUCCUCUUUGUCUUCUUGGUCCUUUUUUUUCUCCAUGCUCUAGAACUGAUCGCACUUUUACAUCCCCCCAGUCAGUAUUGUUUGUACCAUGCAUCUAUUCAAAUGAAUAUUUUUUUUCCGAUUUAAUGCUGUAAACAAAAGUAUAUUUAAGUGCCUAUUGCAUUUGAUGCCUUGUUAAUGUUUGUGCGGUCUAUAUAGCUUGUUUUAAUCAAACGAAGUGUUUAACAAAAGAUUAUUUAUUUUGUUCCAAUCUUUUGAAGACGACUAAAACAACAACUCUGCGCUGCAUGGGUGAGACCCUCUUGUGACAUCUCUAGAAUGUCAAAUGACAAUCAGACUCCAAAAUGCUGCAGAACAAUCAGUUCAGAGUGCCUUUUCACAACGCUGCUUUUUCAUUUACAGUUUAGUGCCACAUUCCUGCUGGGCCUCCUCAGCGUCUCUCAUAUUCUGGAGAAGUAACUGGAGGUAGAUCAGAGGAUAACAGCCAACUACGAUCAACAGUUUUUUUUAAAUGAUAUUUUAAUUUCAAUAUGAAACCUGCUUAUUUCUUACUCUGGUCUGACUGGACUGACUGUGUCAUUCCAAGCUUUGUGCACUUAAACAAACUCAACAAAAUAUGUAGGACUGACUGCAGUUCAGUGCCAUGAGUUUCGAUGUGUACCAGCCCAUCUGAGAGUCACUGGGAUUCGACUACCCCAGACAGGCCGCUCAGCCUGAUGACAUGGCUGCUCACCUGUUAAAUGUUAAUCUGCCUUGUUCCAACUAAAUUUCACACUUACUUUGUUUACCUUUGGUGUUGCUCUCCUUUCAGUGUCAUUUGAAAAAAAAGAAAAAUGUAUACAAGUAUUUAUGAGCUCAUACUGUAUGCUAUUAAACUAAA